AUGGACAGAAUCAGUGGAUUGCCCGAUGAAUUGCUGGUGAAGAUAUUAUCUUGUGUUGGAACAAAAGACGCUGCAUCCACUAGCAUCUUGUCUAAGCGAUGGAAGUUUCUUUGGAUGUGGUUGCCUGAACUUAACUACAUGAGUACUAGUACAGAUAUUGAUAAUUAUGGACUUCUUCGGAAUUUUAUUGACAAGAACAUGCCUUUGCAUAGAGCUCCGGUCAUAGAAAAAUUGUGUUUCGAGUUAAGAGAUUCUAAUGCUGAAGAUAUCAAAUGGUGGGUUGAAAUUGCAGUCUCUCGCCAUGUACGUGAGCUGGAAAUUACUCGUUAUUCAGAUGAUUCAAACGUAUUACCGAGCAGCUUUUACACCUGCAAAUCUCUCGUGAUCUUAAAACUCAGUGGUGUGGUUCUGAGGGAUGCUCCUUCAAUGGCUUGUCUCCCUUCUCUGAAAGAUUUGCAACUUGAUUGUGUUACAUACGCAGAUGAUGCAACUCUUCAACGCCUUCUUGAUAUAUGUCCUGUUAUUGAAGAACUGGAUGUGCAUUGUGAUGAUUACAAUUUAAAUGCGUUCACUAUAAUCGUCCCGACUUUGCAGUGUUUAUCACUCUUUCUACCUGAAAUAUAUAUAAAUAGGUAUGUGAUAGAUACUCCUUCUUUGAAGUUUUUCUAUCUUGACGAUUGGGAUUACGUUGAACACGACUUUGAGAUUAAAGAUAUGCCUAAGCUGAGUGAAGCAUAUGUCAAUGAUUAUUUCUUUGCUCUCAAGAAUGUGAUUAAAUCAAUCACAUCCGUCAAGCAUCUUACAAUAUGUUCAGAGGAUCAUGUGUAUGGUGAUGGUUUAGUUUUCAACCAGCUUGAACAUCUGACUAUAUGUGUUUGCCAAAAGGGUUCUUCGAAUCUCCUUGUCCAAUUGCUAAAAGAUUCUCCUAACUUACGAGUACUACAACUCUUCAGAAGGGAAGAUCAUGAGGAUGAGGAGGAGUGUAGUGAUAUGGAUUGCUGGAAUGAACCGAGUCAUGUUCCUAAAUGCUUGUUGUCGAGUCUUCAAGUUUUUAAAUGGUUACGAUACUUUGGGAGACCACAAGACAGAGAUCUCGCGGUGUACAUCUUGAAGAACGCUCGUUGCUUAAAGAAGGCAGUAAUCUUGGCUGAUUCAGUGGAAUAUGAUGUUCCAAGCAUUAAGAUGAUCAAAGAGUUGGCACUUUCUACCCGAGCUUCAAGCACAUGCGAACUCGUAUUUAAUGAGGACGAGAAUCAUAUUGAGGCAUAAGAAUGUCUUCGAUAGAAAUAAUUAGAGAGAUACUUGAAGGUACCAACUAUGUAUUUAAAGAAUGUCUAGUUUUUCAACUCUGCUAUUUGCUAUUUGCUAUGCUCGUAUGUUUCGUCUUCUUCAAAAUUCUAGCUUUUAUCUAUUAUCCAAUAACAAUGGGAUAUAUUGUUGACUGACCGAUAAUCAUGUAUUCAUGUGUUCAGUUUUAAAGUUUUUGGAUUUGAAAGUUUUUGUUCGGUUUAUAAAAAAGUUAA